AUGGUGGCGAUUUUAGCUAACCCAAAAUGGAGUGAAGAUCUUACCAUACAAAUGAUAAUUGAAUACGAAAAACGCGAGUAUCUAUGGAACCCUGUAUCGGAAAAUUACAAGAAUAAAAAAAUACGAGAACAGGGCUACGUUGAGAUAAUAAACGCGUUGAAUCUCGUCGAUGUCACUGUUAAAGAAUUGAAAAAUAAGAUAAAGAAUAUACGGUCGUCGUACAGCGUGGAGCUGAAGAAGAUUCGCGCGGCGCGGAAGGCCGGCGCGCAUGCGUACCGGCCCAGCGUCACGUGGUUCGAGCACGCGGACAGGUUUCUGCGGGCGAUCGUCACACCGAGCUCCGUAGACGCAAGCUUGUUGGAGAUACCGGCGAGCGAUGACAGCGAUGCGGUACAGGAUCUCAGCGAGCGUAAAUCUCCGGAGAAAAAAAGUCCGAGGAAACGUCGCAGCUCAACCCGUUCCUCUACUCCUUAUGUUCUAAACACACCCUCACCCCGUCCCAAUACGCCGUUUGGUUUAAAUCAAUCCUCUAGUCCAUUUGGUAUUCUACCACCAGUGACGUCUGCUCCUUUUUUGAAUCCACCGGUUGGGAUAGCAACGCCACUCACGACUUCUCUCGCAACAAUAUAUCCUAUUCCUACAAAACAAAAGAAGGUUAGUUAUGAUGAUCGCAAUGGAGACCAUUCUGAAGGACCACAAGAUUUGUCUCAGCAUUCGGAGAAUGUAAACGAAAAUGAAUUUGAGAUGUUUGGAAAGCUGAUUGCGAGUCAGCUGAGGAAACUGCCAUUGAGUCUCGCUUUGGAUACUCAGUUGAAGAUCCAGACGUUGGUGAAUGCGGCCAGAAUACAAGCGGUAUAUCAACAAUAUAGUUACGCUGGACCUUCGCAAGAAGCGCUAUCUGUUCAAGCGUUAUCCAAUGGCAUACUAGCCAGCAUGGCUUCUCAAAGCAGUUUCGCCUCUAGAGCUGCCUUAGGAUUGAGAAACGAAUCACCAGAAGAUAUGACCAGAGAGCUGAAAACAGACUAUUCGAUAUGCUCGGAAGCUGAGGAUUAAAUUGAGUCCUGGGUAUUGUAAGAAAGAAAUUAAAUACCUCAUAGAAAUUCCCGUGAUUUAUAAGAAUUUAUGUUUGCUCAUAUGAAAGUAUACAAUUUAGAUUCUACGUCAGAUAAUAUUAUGUGUCAUUAUUAUAAAUGUGUUUUAGAUAUGUGAUAGAUGUUUAGAAUCCAGAUUUUAUCAGAAAAUACUGAAAGAAAAAUACUGAGCAAGUACAAAAAAUACUCUAUUAUGUAAAAUUGAACUGAAAGUAGAAGAAAUUUUUUCAAUAGUGACGUGAAGGGUCUUAAGUACCAGCUUAUUAGUCAUGUUAUAUCGAUAUUUUUGUGUAGAUCUCAAUGUUUUGGCUGUGUUAUUUAUAUUUAUUUAGACAUAUCUAUUUUUUCUAGGUUUAAAUAUUUUUAUCAAGACUUGAAAUAAAUUAUGGAAAUUUUCCAAUUCCAAAACAAAAUUGCCACAUUAAAAGACUUAUUAUUUAUAUCAAACUCGUUUAUACUUAUGAAUUGCAUAGAUGCAUGAAUUGUUAGUAAAAUAUGUUUUAAUUUAUAUUUAAUAGAAUAAAUUCAGCGUAUACGAUGACUAUUUAAUUUGAUAGUUAUAACAAAUCAAUAAUUGUUACAAAUUAUUACUGUGUAAAAAAAUCAAAAUACCUAAUACGAAUUUAUUUUAAGUGUGAUAGAAUAGUUAGUAUCUGUGUUAUAAAUUGUGAUUACUGUUUAUUAGUAAUGCAUGCUGAUAGUUUAAGAAAUGAUAAAUACCUCAAAAUAGAUGCAGUAUAUCUCUAGAUAGUGUAUUUGGAAUAUAUUUUAAGUGUUGUUCGAUGUGCCACAAAUAGGUAUCUUAACAGAAUGUGAUUACUGAAAAUAAAUAUUUUAUAAAUGUCGUAAAAUAGUGUGAUUUAUUUUCAACGAACUCCUUACGCACGAGAAUUACUUUCCAAAAAAGCUCUCAGCUCGGUCAUGUUUAAAAUAAUUGUUUAUGUAUCUGUUUUUAAAUAAAUACCUAGUAGUAAAGCAUUAAGAAUGCAAAAAUCACUAAAUAUAAUAUCUAUAUAAGUCUUCACGCCAGAUCCAAUUUAGUUUUUAUAAUUAAUAUAUUAUUUGUUGUACCUAAUGAUUAUUUACAUAAUUAUACAUAUAAUCAUUAUUAGCUUAUAAUAGCCAUUAUUAUAUACAAAAAAUUAUUCGUAAAUCGAAUUGUGUAAACAUAGGUAUAGAUGUACCAGAACCUAACGACAAAAGAAACGAAAAAAUCUUGAUUUUCAUAUAGCAAUAUAAAUUGUCUACUGCUCACAAUAGUCAAGUCAAAGUGUAAAUUGUUGUGAAUAUUUGUGAAAAUAUAAAUUUAUUUUGUGAAAAUGCCCAAAAAGCCAUUGAUAUUGAUAUCAAGAGAAAAAUUCCGUAUUCACAAUGUUAAACUGAAAAAUAUUUUUAAUGCAAAAUGCUUAAAAUAUCUGUCCCU